UACACAUCUGAGCUUCCAGUUGAACAAGGAAGUGUCAGAAGAUGUCACGGACCACGCGCGGCUCAGGCCUUUUAUGCUCCCUCCCACGCCUCACGAUCUUCUGCAGAGGUCUGAAGCAAAUCAGAUCUGAAAAAGUAGGUGGGAGGUUUUGUCGUAUGGGCCAACAUAGUUGAGGGGGAGAAACAGACAGGUGAAAUGUGUUCCUGUUUACAACGCAGUGAGAAAGCUCAGUAGGCUCGUUAGUUGCAGGAUGAGUGUGACUUUGAGAAUGUCUGCUGUCCAGUUAGGGCUCGUCGUCAUCCUUCCUCUUUCCUGGAUGGCUCAGUGUGACCAAGGCAGCAAUGGCCUCGUAAGGAAAAACACUGGAGAAUCAGUCACCAUUCAUUGUCGCAUCUCUCAACAAGAGCCAGAGUUCCUCAAUUUGAAAAGGGGUCUGGAUCGAGACGUCAAAGUCCUGUAUUUUCAUAGUACAAAAGAGCCUACCGUUAAAGAGAGUUUCAAAUACAGGCUUAAGGUUAAAGGCACAUUAACCAAACUGGAUAUUCUCAUCACAAACUUGACGGUAGAGGACACAGGACCAUACUGGUGUACAUAUACAGCGAUUGAUGUCAACGGCACUCCCACAGAGGUCAUCGGUAAUGGCUCUGUUCUGUUGGUGAUGGAAGCCCAGCAGUGUGAUGUGCCGUGGUGGGCCCAUGGUGCUAUGCGCCCCCUCUUCCUGACAUGUACAUUGGCCUCUGCAGCAGUUCUGCUGAUCAUCAUUUCUGUCACAUUCACAUGGAUUGUAUUCAAGAUCAAGGCCAGUUACACCGUUGUGAGACCAAGACGCACCAACGGCAGUGACGUUUAUGAAGACAUGCGGGCCACCCUACAGCGGUAGAGAUGCCGGGCUGGGCAGAGAUGCCAGUUGAUGUCCAGGGGCCACACGAGGAAGAGGGAAGGAAGGGCUUACGUGUUGGGAAACAUUGAAAUUCAACAGCUGUGAUUGUUGAAGUACCUGCCAUGUCCUUCGGUCCAUCGCUGGUAUACAAGUCGCCAGCUUAGCCAGUUGAGAUGAUGCCCAUCUGGUUUGGCGCACAAGAAUAACUUGUAUGGGUUCUUCUGGAUAGGCAACAACAGCAACAAGUUCUCAGUCAUUUUUGUCUUCAAACAUAAGCUGUAUUUCCUUUGACUGUAAAAAAACCCCUGCAAUUUUCACCUUUUGUGCACAUUAUUUUGUGCAUAUUUUAUACAUAUCAUUUUGUGCACAUCACUCAGAAACUUGUAUCUCGAUGCUUUCUUGUUCGCAGUAUGUCGGCUAUUCCUUCGGUAGAAAACUUGCGCAUCAUUAGCAGGAAAUUUGAACCUCGGCUGUAAGUUUUGUAAAGAUGUAAACAUGUUUGGGUUUUUACUUUUGUCCAAUCUGCAGUAUCUGAGGACUAGAUUUUAAAUGAAGCCGUGAUGUACCUGUAAAUAUGUUUACAACAUUAUAUUUCUUUAACAGAAUAUAUUUUUACAUGUUUUUUUUAAAGUUGUCUUGCCUUAACCAAAGGGUAAUAAAUAUUUGAAU